UUUAGUUCCCUACAACGAAGAUCACCCUUAGGAUGAGAUCGGGACCGUUGAUUUCACGAUUUAGCGGGACCCACAGAAUAAAAUCUGAUGAGGGAUCAGUAGCGAAAAAACGGAAGAACGAAAAGGAAGCGGAGAGGUUUCCCUUUUGCCGGUAGAGAUCCGAGGAGGAGAGGCCGAUCUGUUGUCUCUGUUUCUCUCUCUCGGAGCUUCAGUAAUCUGAUUCGUCGAUGGGUUUGUGGGAAGCUUUUCUCAAUUGGCUUCGUAGCCUCUUUUUCAAGCAAGAAAUGGAGCUUUCUUUGAUAGGACUUCAGAAUGCAGGGAAGACAUCACUUGUAAACGUUGUCGCAACUGGCGGAUACAGUGAGGACAUGAUCCCUACAGUUGGAUUCAACAUGAGGAAAGUGACAAAGGGAAACGUUACAAUAAAACUAUGGGAUCUUGGUGGUCAACCCAGGUUCCGCAGUAUGUGGGAGCGCUACUGCCGUGCUGUUUCUGCAAUUGUAUAUGUGGUCGAUGCUGCUGAUCAUGACAACCUAAGUGUCUCAAGAAGCGAGCUCCAUGACUUGUUGAGCAAACCUUCACUCAGUGGAAUCCCUCUCCUGGUCCUUGGGAACAAGAUUGAUAAGCCUGGAGCUCUGUCCAAAGAUUCCUUGACUGAGGAGAUGGGGCUGAAGUCGAUUACAGAUAGGGAAGUGUGCUGCUUCAUGAUCUCUUGCAAGAACUCCACAAACAUUGAUCAAGUCAUCGAUUGGCUCGUAAAGCACUCCAAAUCUAAGAGCUAAACUGCAAAAAAAAAGGGAAGAAGAAGAAGAACAGAGCUAUCUUCUUCAUCUUCUCGGUCGUGAUGUGGCUGCCUUGUGAUGAAAGAACACUUUUUCAUGUGAAACAUGACUUGUCUUUGUUUUCCUCUGAUUCUUUCUUGCCUCUUUUCUGUCUGCUGCUGUUAAUUCUCUGUAUAUUAAAUGGAUCGUUUCUCUUAACGCUAUGAAAAGGACCUUUGGGGUUGA